AUGUCGACCUCAAAGCCCAAAGCCAUGCUCAAGCACUCCAAAGGCAAGAAGAAAUCAGAGCAGACGGUAUUGCGUGAAUUCAUUCUAAUCUUCCCUCCAGCCGGAGUAGAUCUAGAAGAAGCCGCUGGGAAAUGGAGGGCGGGCGAUGCAGUGAAGUCUAUGCGCUUCUUCACAAGGGCAGUCGAGACCUAUGAUCAGGGGCUCCGAAAGUUCCCCAGUAGCCUUGACCUGGCAUACAACAAGGCUCGAGUUCUGCUGGAGGUUGCUACUCAUCCCAUCUUAGUCAACCAGCUUCAGACUUCGGUGCUUGAAGCCCUUCAAAGAGCUUUAGAGGCACAUCGAUAUGCACUAGAUCUGGAUCAGAACAAUGCGGAUAGUCUAUUCAACACAUCCCAGGUUCUGACCGGUAUUGCCGAGAUACAGGCCAGAGACGGUGCCGAUCAAGAGGCGUUGCAAACACUGGAGCAAGCACUGGAAGUUCAAACCCGCUGCCUUGCUCUUCAAGAACUCAAAUUGGAGGACUCUGCUCAACAGCAAGCAAAUCUGGAAGCACAAACUGAUCAGGAUUUCGCAACGGCCAAUUCUCCAAAGCUGGGUGGGUCAGACCAUGCAUUAUCGACGGCAACCAACGACAGCGAAGACCAGUGGUUUUCUAUUGUGGAGCCUGUCACCAAAGAUACUCUGAUUGAUACUAUUCUAGCACAGCUCGGGACUUUGACCACCCUCUGCAGCAUCCUUUCCUCCUUGGCAAACUCUACGUUGUCAAGCAGCCUUGCUUGGGUCGAAGAAUUCUCAACCAAGCUUGUCAAGACGAAACUUCCUGUCCUCCUUCAGGAAGCGGCUCCGGAUCGAGUCCAAGAAGUGGCAUUGACCCGCGCGAUAUUCAUCUCGAACUUGCUCGAGGCUGGCUAUCGAAUGGGGUCCAUUGACGUCGAAACAUAUAAAAGGGAGCGAGAUGACGCAUUCAAAUCAUCAGAGCUUAGUUUGGACGGGUCUUUUGCAGCUCUUUCAGCGAACGCAAGUAGCUUAAUUUCGUUUAGCACUGCUAUCAAGGAGCGUGAACAACCAUUGAUCGCCUCUUAUGCGCCGAAGAGCUGGAACGCGUUGUCAACAGCAAUGGCGAGUCUAGCAGCCGCAGCCAAAAUUGCGGAGCCUGUCCCGGAUGAAAUAGCUGAGACGCAUUUAUUGCGUGGCAACUGCUCUUUACUGCAAUACCAGCUUGGUCAGCCACCAGUAUCCUACCAAACGGCUACGAAAAAUGCGGACCAGCUUUUGAAGAACGCAGAUGUGUUCUAUCGCAACGCAAGUAAGCUUUUCCAAGAUGGUGAGCAAAAACUCAUCUCUCAAUUCAGGGCCAGUGUUGCCCAGUCGUUACAGGAGGGAAAUGUUGUUGCCACCGCUGCACAUGCAGCUGGUCAGCAAAAGGGCCAGGCCUGGAUUGAGAGUCAGCUUGAUGAUAUGGCGGAGGAAGGUAUCAUCAGUCUUGCUAUAUGA